ACCUCCCGAAACUCGUUAGCUAGCCUGCCAUUCCCAGUGCUCUCCCCCCACCCUGUCUCUCUUUGCUCCUCAACCUCAAGACUGCAUCUCCCUUCUGGCCAAAAAUCUUGUACCGUUUUCACCCUUCCCUCAUUCCCUAAUUUCUCUCUCUCACCCGUGUUUGAUGAAUCCACCGUGAGAAGAAGUUCGGCUUGACCGUAGUCAUUUGUGGAGGUGUAAUCAAGCCCUGAAAAGGUGUUCUGUUUUUUUUUUUUUUUUUUUUUUUUUUUCAAGCGAUUGCAUUUUCGUAAGCAAUGUCUGUGGUCACUAAGCUUCAAUUAUCGGCUAAACCGGUGUCCGAACCCCGAGCCAUACUCGGUCCGACGGGGAACAGAGUUAGGGUUUCCGAAGAACCACCUAAACGGAAGCCCGAGAGUGUUAAGAGGCCACAGCGGCUCAGAAAGCCGGCUUCCGAAAUUCCGGAACCGGCCGUGCGGAACAAUGUCUCGGUUGACAGCUCGUGCUCCUCGGAUUCUUAUUCGAGUGGUUCCUCGAUGAAGAAAACGGUGAAGUCUAGGACGGGGAGGCGCACCGGGUUUAAGCCUGUUAAGGUUGUCCCGCAUUGUGUCGACGGCGAGGCAUUGUCGUCACCGAAGAAUUCUGGUCCGCCGAAACGAUGCGAUUGGAUAACACCUUACUCUGAACCAAAUUAUACUUUUUUCCAUGAUGAGGAAUGGGGUGUUCCAGUGUAUGAGGAUAAUAAGUUGUUUGAGCUACUUGUCUUUUCACAAGCAUUGGCAGAACUAACCUGGCCUGCAAUUCUUAACAAGAGAGACAUAUUCAGGAAACUUUUUGAAAAUUUUAACCCAUCAUCCAUCGCACAGUUUACAGAGAAGCAAUUGAUGUCCUUGAAAGUAGAUGGCAGCCUGUUACUCUCUGAACCAAAGCUCCGUGCAGUUGUAGAGAAUGCCAAACAAAUGCUUAAGGUUCAGCAGGAGUUUGGUUCCUUCAGUAAGUACUGCUGGAGCUUUGUGAACCAUAAGCCAAUAAGAAAUGGGUUUCGUUAUGCACGUCUAGUACCAGCCAAGACGCCAAAAGCAGAACUCAUAAGCAAGGAUUUGAUGCAAAGAGGCUUCCGUUGUGUGGGGCCGACUAUUGUAUAUUCAUUCAUGCAAGUCGCAGGAAUGGUUAAUGAUCAUCUCUUAACAUGCUUCAGGUACCAGGAGUGCAAUGCAAAUCUCAAAAAGGAUUUGAAACCCAAGAUUGAGGAGACACAGGUACUAACCAAAGCUUUGGAGAAUACAUGCUUAUCCCGGGAACAAAUUGCCUAAGCCGAAGUUUAUCCCUGACUAAUCACACAAACCUAGUCAAUUAGGAAAUUUAAGUUUCAAUGAGGUGAGGAAGAAACGGGUGCAAGUGUGUUGGUUUACAUUUGCUUACAUCUACUGAUCUACAUGGUCUUAUAGCUUGCUUUCUUCAUCAGCUUGAGUGUCCUUUAACCCAACCAUAUAGUAUAUGUUCUAGCUAUAACGAGGAGUUAUCCUUUGAUGAUGUUGUUUGACAGUGAAUGCUCUCCACCUUAAACUCCUCAUAUGUUUUGCUCAUCGUUAUGCUGUUAGCAUACAGUUUGUAAAAAAAUUAUUGUUAGGACGGAUGACUUAAGCUUGCUGUUCUUCUGUUUUCAUUGCACCUCCUGUAAUUAGUUCCAUUACUUAAUUUUAUAUGAUUGAUUUUUGGGGUUUAAAUUGAAAA